AAAAAGAGUAUCUUUUCUUAAGGGAGGUCAGCAGCAGCAGCACGCUUUGCUUCCUUAGCUAAACAACCUAACGUUUUUAGAGCCAACCCCCCUCCUUUCUCCUGCUCGGUUGCGUGCGUUUUGCUCCAAAAUUCCUAGUGUACUGUUUUUGGGUUCUUGAGCUGUCUCUCUAUAGUAUUAGUUGUUAGUAUAGAUAUAGAUAGAUAAAGGGAAUCUCUUUCUCUCUGGUUUUUAACCUCCCUUCAUUUCCAUUUCCUUCCCCAACUUUCUACUUCAAAUCACCUUUCUUAUAUAGUCAAUCUCCUCUUUGUACAUCAGAAGCAAGUGGUACUCCCCAAUACCUCCCUUGUUCUUAUCAUUGCCUUUGGCUUUUGAGUUGUUGAAACACCUUUUCUUUUUUGUGUUCUUCAUUCUCUUCGUGGGAUAUAUUAUUGUUUUCUCUUUGAUGGGUUGAUGAGAGAGUUUUUAAAGGUUGGCUCUUGCUUUGCUAGUUGAGAUCUCAAGGUCGUCUCAGAAGCUCCUAUCUAGCUUCUUGUUUUUAGAGGUCAUUUUUAAAAGUGAUUUGAGGAUGUGGGUGUUCAAGGUUUUGAGUGCUGGUUAAGGAGUCUACUAAUUUACAAAGUCGAAGGAAAAGGCAUUUUCAUCUGGUGAAAAUUAAUGGAAGGUUGUUCGAAGAACGUCGAGGCAUGUCCUCAGUUACUGGAUUUGAUUCCCAAAGAAAGAGAGUGGCUUGGUAAGGGAGAAGAUGAAAGAUCCUCCUCGGAAGACAGAGAGCUUGAACUAAGGCUUGGUCCACCUGGUGAAGACUGGUCUCUCAAAAGCACCAGCAAUAGAGAAAGACACAAGUCUCAACUUCUCUCUUUUGGAUAUUUCACCAAUGGAAACCAACAAACUCACAAGUUUCCUUCUUCAGCUGAGAAUUCACAUGUUUGGUUUAAUAAAAAACAACAGGGAAAGGUUCCUCCUUCGUAUCUCAAUUUUCCAUCAUCAUCCACACCACCAACAGCAACUGCAACCCAACAGAGCCUGCCUGUUAUGGACAAGGAAUCCUCACAGCCCUGUUGCACUAAAGUGGUAGUAGAGUUGCCGCAGUGUGCAGAAAAGAAGGCAUUUUCAACACCAGCUCCUGCCAAUACAGCUGUUCCCAACAGCUCUCAGAAAAGAAUUGCACCUGGUCCAGUAGUUGGUUGGCCUCCAAUUCGGUCUUUCAGGAAGAAUCUUGCAACCAGCAGCGGCAGCAAUUCAAAACCAACCUUUGAGUCUCAAAAUAAACCAGCUGGAACUUGCAAGAAAGGGUUAUUUGUCAAGAUCAAUAUGGAAGGUGUCCCCAUAGGAAGGAAAGUGGACCUCAAAGCCUAUGAUAGCUAUGAAAAACUCUCAACUGCUGUUGAUGAACUCUUUAAAGGCCUUCUUGCAGCUCAAAGAGAUUCCUCUUGUAAUGGAAUCAUGAACAAGCAAGAGGAAGAGAAAGCAAUUAUGGGUGUAUUGGACGGAAGUGGGGAAUAUAAGCUUGUUUAUGAGGAUAAUGAAGGAGACAGGAUGCUUGUUGGGGAUGUCCCAUGGCACAUGUUUGUUUCCACAGUGAAGAGGCUGCGUGUAUUAAAGAGCUCUGAAGUUUCUGCACUGAACCUUGGAAGCAGCAAGCACGAGAAGGUGCCCGUGUGAAUCAAGUGAACAAAUUAAGAUGAGUUUUGCUGUGAAGAUUCUCCACUCGUGUGACUAAGAAAACUGGGAUUCCGUGGUCCUUAUUUUGUUUAUCUAAUUUGUAUUGAACUUUUUGCAACUCAAAAGUAUAUAUAAUUACUAGUUAUAUUA